CGGAGCUCGUUUUGCUCGCCGAGUCUCUGCGGACGAGACCAUUCGCCACCGGCCGAUCUCAUAUUCUCCGCCUAUUUCCUCCUCCCCCCGUCCUCACCGUCCAGUUGGUAUCGCCCCCUAGGGGCGGCUAGGCUUAGCCCGGCGCCUCUUUUCCGCUUCUACAAAACACCCCUACGGGCUUGUUCAGAAUGGUCUCGCCCCGUAGAAAACCGAUGUAGACAUUUCCGGGAGAGACCACUUCGCGGCUUCCCGGAGGGGGAGAAACUAGGAAUUGGUGAGAACUUGUCUUGAACGUCGCUGGUUGUGCAUCAGCCCGAAAACAAGGGGAGAAAAAAUUGUGCAUGAAGGAUAAGUGAUUCAUUCUUCGCCUCUCUCUUCGGAGUCAGUCAAGAUGCACGGAAGGCUGAAGGUGAAGACGACGGAAGAGCAAGCCGAAGCCAAACGCCUGGAACGGGAGAAGAAGCUCCAGCAGUAUGUGACGGUCACCAAAGCCAUCUUUGAGAAGAGGAAACUGGGACAGCUGGACAAGGAAGCCCUGGAGCUGAGCAACAAAGUCCUCGGGGCCAAUCCGGAUUUCGCCACCCUCUGGAACUUCCGGCGAGAGACCUUCCUGCACCUGGAGAAGGAGGAGAGCCCAGAAGAGAUGCAAACCUUGUGCAAGGCCGAGCUUGCCUUCCUGGAGUGCUGCUUGAGGGUGAACCCCAAAUCCUACGGCACGUGGUAUCAUCGUUGCUGGGUGAUGGAGCACAUGCCUGAACCGGACUGGGCCCGGGAACUGGAGCUGUGUGGCAAGUUUUUGGAGAUCGACGAGCGAAAUUUUCAUUGCUGGGACUACCGGCGUUUUGUGGUACAGCGGUCCAAAGUGCUCCCGCAGGACGAAUUGGCCUUCAGCGACAGCCUCAUCACCCGGAACUUCUCCAAUUAUUCUUCCUGGCAUUAUCGCAGCCUCCUCCUCCCGCAACUGUACCCGGAUCCCCAGGACCAAGGCCGGAUCACGGAGGAAAUCCUACUGAAAGAGCUGGAACUGGUGCAAAAUGCUUUCUUCACAGACCCCAACGAUCAAAGCGCUUGGUUCUACCAUCGGUGGCUUCUGGGCAGAGGUGAUCCGGAGCCAACCAUUCGCUGCGUCUACGUCAACAGGGAAAACACCUCCCUGGCCGUGGCCUUCUCUCAUCCUGUGGCGGUAGCUCCGGCGUCGCAUGACCUGAUCGUGUUCGGAGACGAGUCUCCGCUGGUAGUGCGUUGGCGUACACCGGAUAGGAAAAAUAAACCGGGAUAUAUGUGGCUUUGUGACCUGCCAACCUCUGCCCUCAACGACCACUGGCCUCAACACACCUUUCGUGUCCUCUGGGCUGAGGGACACGUACAGAAGGAAUGUGUCCUCUUCAAAGGCCACAAGGACUGCUGGAACCAGGAUUCGGUGACGGAGGAACAGGUGUUCAGGUGCGAACUCUCCAUUGAGAAGUCAACGGUGCUGCAGUCGGAGCUGGAAUCGUGCAAGGAGCUGCAGGCCUUGGAACCGGAGAACAAGUGGUGUCUCCUAACCAUCAUCCUGCUCAUGAGGGCUUUGGACCCCUUGGUUUACGAGCAAGAGACCCUCCGCUACUUUGCCGCCUUGAAGGCCGCAGACCCCAUGCGCUCCUCGUACCUCAACGACCUCCGGAGCAAGUUUCUGAUUGAGAACAGCGUCCUCAAGAUGGAGUACGCCGAUUCCCGCGUGGUAGACCUGUCCCAAAAGGGCCUGACCAACCUGUGCCACCUGGAACACCUGUUGCUGGUCACCCACCUGAAUCUCUCCGAUAACCUUCUCUCGGCCUUCCCCCCCACAAUGGCCAUGAUGCGUUGCCUCGAGGUGAUGGAGGCCGAUGACAACCAGAUCGAGAGCCUGGAAGGGCUGCCUCCUCUGCCUUCUCUGGAGGAACUCUCGCUCCGUAACAACCGCAUCCGGCGAGCUUCCGCCCUCCGCAGCCUGGCCGCCUUCCCCGCGUUGGCUCAGCUCAACCUGCAAGGAAACCCCUUGUGCCAAACCCCGGGCAUCCAAUCAGAGCUGGCCGCACUGCUCCCGAACGUCACCACCAUCCUGACUUGAU